UUUAAUUUUUUAGUUUCUAAGUAAAAGUAAAAUAUAAUUUUGUAUAUGGAUUUAAAUACGGUAACAAAUAACUAAAUAGUUUUCAACUAACUAAUAACAUGGUGAUUUUAACCCCAGUCACAAAUUUAUAGCACAGUGGCGGGUUGCGAGCACGGAGCGGGCGGGGCAAGCUCGGGCGGCGGGCGGCCCGCCGACACCAUUCGCCGAGUCAAGGUGAAGAUGUCGUCGGUAUCGGCGCAGGGCGUCGUCGAGCGCGCGUCCGCCGAGCUGUCGCGCCGUAUUACCGGCUUGGGGCUCCGCGGCCGGAAGCGGUCUCCCGGAGUAGUGGAACGUAUGGCGAAUGCGCUGUGCGGCCCCGCUUCCACUGCAGCGCCUAGAAUACCCCGCCGGCGUCGACCAUGUCCUCGACCUCUCGUUUGGAGUCAGUUCAUAUUAGAGGAAAGAUUUCUAGAAAAGUUUUUUCUUUAUUUCACUGCUAACGAAAGGAAAACGUUAGCCCAAGUGUGUACGAAAUGGCGCGACAUGCUCUAUUCGUCCCCGCGAUGGUGGUCCGGACUGGCUGCCGUAUUAGACUGCCGUGAACUGCGCUCCGAAUCCGGCUGUUGUAUGCAAAGGUUUUAUAAUUCAGUGGUUAGAAGAGGUAUUCGAGGUGUUAUUAUGAUAUCUGCUACCGAUGAUGAUAUAAAUGAGCUUAUUAAGCAGUUUCCUUUGUCGGCACAUCACUUGCACGCUAUUGGACUAAAAGGAUGCACAAUAACAGAUAGAGGAUUGGAAGCUAUUUUGGACCAUUUACAGGUUCUCUUUGAACUUGAACUAACGGGCUGCAAUGAGAUAACAGAGGCUGGCUUAUGGGCAUGUCUAACUCCAAGGAUUGUUUCACUUACGCUUACUGAUUGCAUUAACAUUGCUGACGAGGCUGUCGGUGCAGUGGCUCAGCUUUUACCGUCUCUGUACGAGUUUUCAUUACAAGCGUAUCAUGUGACGGAUGCAGCGCUCGGCUAUUUUUCGCCGAAGCAAAGUGCUUCGCUCAGUAUAUUGAGAUUACACAGCUGCUGGGAACUUACUAACCAUGGUGUCGUUAACAUCGUGCACUCGCUGCCCAACCUGACGGUGCUGUCGCUGAGCGGCUGCAGCAAGGUGACGGACGAGGGCGUGGAGCUGCUGGCGGAGAACUUGCCGCGCCUGCGCAGUCUCGACCUCAGCUGGUGUCCGCGCGUUACCGACAACGCGCUCGAGUACAUCGCCUGCGACCUCAACCACCUCGAAGAGCUCACGCUGGACAGAUGCGUGCACAUAACGGACAUCGGUGUGGGAUAUAUCAGUACCAUGCAGUCGCUGGUGGCGCUUUUCCUGCGCUGGUGCUCACAGGUGCGCGACUUCGGCGUACAGCACCUCUGCGGCAUGAGGUCUUUGCAGCUUUUGUCUCUGGCUGGGUGCCCGCUGCUGACGUCGGGCGGGCUGUCGAGCCUCAUCCAGUUGCGCCAGCUGCGCGAGCUGGAGCUCACCAACUGCCCGGGAGCGUCUCCGGAGCUGUUCGACUACUUGCACGAGCAUCUGCCGCGGUGUCUCAUCGUCGAGUGAGGGCGGACGGACAAGUCGUUAUGUAUAUAAAGGCCCGUUUGUACAUAAUAUACUAAGAAAAUCUCAGUCAAUUUACCGGCUUUUAAAUAUUUAGUUAUAUUAUGGACAAGUAUCCGCCAAAGUGGAAAUGGGAGGAGAGUUGUAUCAUAACCAACUACACUAACUAAUACUACUAAUAAUAAUAUAUUGUCACUCUCGGCGGUGAGGAGACUAACACGGUCACAAUCUCCUUUCGUGGAUAACGGUUGUAUAUGAUGCACGCGACAGUACACCGUCGUCAUUUGUAUAACCAGAUAUUAAUAAAAUUAAUCUCACUACCUACAGUGUAAAAAUUCCGACAAACAAAUUUUCGGCUAUUUA